AUGACUUCCCUCUCCAGCAGCGGCAUUGCCGACAUCGCCUCCGACCUGGUUGCGAGCGUGGACGGCUCGCACGGGCUGGCCGGCUCCACCGCUGCACUAGCCGAGGCCGAGGUGGCGGGCGUGGGCGUCUCGUGCCGGCAUGCGACACUGGAGGCGAGGCUGCAGUCGCGGGCGGCUGGGGGGCCGGCGGCGGGAGAGGCGGGCGGGAGCGAGGCUGGCGAGGCUCUCACCCGGCCGGAGGCUAAGUCCUUCAAGGAGCUCGGCCUGUCGCUGCCGCUGCUCAAGGCGGUGCAGGAGCUGGGCUUCGAGGCGCCGACGCCCAUCCAGGCGGCGGUGGUGCCGGCGGCGCUGCGCGGGCUCGACAUCUGCGGCUCGGCCGCGAUGGGCCGCAAGCUCGGCGCCCACUGCGACGCCCGGUUCGCACUCGUGGUCGGCGGCCUCUCCUCCUCGCUGCAAGAGGCUGAGCUGCGCACGCACCCGGAGGUGGUCGUCGCGACGCCCGGCCGGAUGCUCGACUUGCUGCGCAACUCGCCCGCCGUCGGGCUGGAGGCGCUCGAGAUUCUGGUGCUGGACGAGGCGGACCGGCUGCUCGACCUCGGCUUCCGGGCCGAGGUGGAGGAGGUGGUGCGGAUGUGCCCGCCGGAGAGGCAGACCCUCCUCUUCUCGGCUACCAUCUCCGCAGAGGUCGCAGAGCUGGCGAACGCGUCGCUGCGAGAGCCGCUGCAGGUCAAGGUGGACGCGCUGUACGGCGUCGCCGAGCGGCUGGCGCAGGAGUUCGUGCGCAUCAAGCCGGGCAAGGAGCACGAGCGCGAGGCGCCCCUCCCCUCGCUCGCGCUCCUCCUCUCGCUCGCGAGCCGCACCUUCACCUCGCGCGCCAUCGUCUUCGUCUCGUCAAAGGCAAAGGCGCACCGGCUGCGCCUCCUCUUCGGGCUCUCGCAGCUGCGCGCGGCGGAGCUGCACGGCAACCUGACGCAGCUGCAGCGGCUGCAGGCCCUCGAGACCUUCCGGCUCGGCGAGGCCGACUUCCUCAUCGCGACCGACCUCGCCGGCCGCGGACUCGACAUCCGCGGCGUCGAGACGGUCAUCAACUACGAGCUGCCCGCCGAGAUGGCGACGUACGUGCUGCGGCACGCGCGCGGCGCCGUCAAGUCUCGCGUCGUGCCGCCCGUCGCGGUGGCGCACUGGGCGGCGCGGAUCGGCGCGAUGGAGCCGCAGGUGCGCGAGGUGCUGGCGGAGGAGGCGGAGGACCGCGCGCUGCGGGUGGCGGAGAUGGAGGCGAACAAGGCGUCCAACCUGCUCGACCACCGCGCCGAGAUCCUCGCGCGGCCGGCGAAGACCUGGCGCGCGAAGGCGGUCGAGAAGAAGGCGGGGCCGGCGCUCGGCAAGCGGGCGCCGCCCGGCGGGCUGGACGACGAGGGGCCGAAGAAGAAGAAGAAGGCGCCCAAGAAGGAGCCGUCCGCCGAGGCGGCCGCCGCGCAGGUGGCCGCCGCCGCCAGGGCCAAGGCCAAGGAAAUGCGAGCGCUGCCGGCCCGGAAGGUGCGGUCCGGGUCAAAGUCGAAGUUCAGCAAGCCCCGCAAGCGUUGAAAUUCUGAGAGUCGAGGCCCAUCGUGGUUUCUGCUAGGAAGCCGCCGUAAAAUCGGAUAAAGAAAAGAAUUU